AUGGCGAGGGAUCAGAAUUAUAAGAAAGAUAUAGAAGAAUGUUUCAUGAUGGUUUCAAAAUCUGGUAUUUACUAUUUGCAAGCAAUUUUAUUUGAUCAAAAGUAUAAGCAAUUUGUCGGGAACUGCUGGAGAGGGAAAGCAGCUAAUGCCAAAAAUAAGAUGAUCACUUUCAACCAGAGCUUUUAUUUUUACUCUUCCAUUCCGGGAAAUGAACUACUUCUAGUUGUUGAGCUGUUUACUCGCUCGGAUAAGUAUAAUUGUGACCGAGUUAGUGGUUGGAUGUUCUCAGGACUGUCUGCUACUGAUGAAGAUGAUUCAAGUUUAAGAAAUUCUGUUUCAUAUAAAAUCCCUUUAAUUCAUGGAACUCCUAAUGCCUUGCUGAUUUUUAAAGAAGCAUCAAAAGGCAUAAAUGUAAAUAACCAUUCAACAGGGAUGGAAAUGUCACUAACUUUGUCUCCCUAUCCCACACUGCUGAAGAUUGCUCAUUUGGUGCCAAGAAAUAUAUUGAUUGAUCCUACGUAUGAAGUACCAGGUGUUGUUCCCAUCCCUUCUGAUGUUUUGAAUAGCUCCAGCUACAGUUUCAAGCCUCAGUUACAAAAGUGUAUCACUUUCGAGCUUGAGAGACUUCGUAUCAAAGUUCAUCCAUCGUUAGAAAUAGCCGAGAGAAAUGUCCUUCAAAAAAUCAGAACAGAGCAUGAAGAAGCUGGCUCCACAUUUGAAGUUACUUCAAAGGCUUGUAUCAUUGAAAGACGGCUUCAGGUGGAUAUUCAUAACGGUUAUUGCUUCAUACAAGAGCCUGAUUAUUAUCACCUGCAUGUAGAAUCUAUUGUUACGCCUAUCACAGGGAAAAGUCUCCAUCGAUCAACAAGUAUGGGAUCAUUAAGCCUUUCUAGAGAUGAAAAUCUUGUUCUAAGAAGUGAUAUUAAACUUCCUAAUGUUCCUGAUGAUCCAAACAUAUAUAUAGUGUUCUUACUUGAAUACAUAAUUUCAUUACCAAGCUCUAGUGGUAAAAAUUCGACAGCUUCUGUUAUCUCAGUCGACAAUACUAAAUCUGUUGAUAGCACACCUGAGAAAACACACAUGUCAGUUGAAACAUCUUACUUUUCAUCGCCAGCACAGAAGAACUCUGGUCCAAAACAUAAGUCACUUGGAGAUAUUCCUAUGACUGUAACAAAAGGUGAAGUUGGUGGUCGAAAAAUUUCAAAGUCUGAAAUCAGAAGAAAUGAAAAUAACAUGAAUUUGCAAGAGGUUGUACUAGUUUCAUCUUCAUUACCCUUGGUUCCACCAAUGCUUCACACAUUUCCGGCUGAGUCGGGAAUUCCUUUUAAAGCUUUCACUAAAUUAUAUUGGAACAAACUUCAACCAAUAUUAGAUCAUAAUGGAAAACCUGCUGCUUCUAUUGAUACUACAGUGCCUUAUAAUGUAGACAAAACUUUAGAAAUAAGCAGUCCUCCUCAGAGGAAUGAAUGCUUCAUCCAAUUUCUGGCUCUUUUUGGUUUAGAAGAGUAUGCUGAAGUGCCUGAACAAGUAUUUUUUACUUUUCAAUUUUACCGCUUCCCCCCCUGUGAGAAUUUGAUAUUGAAACCACUUUUUCAAGGUGAAAAUGACUCUGCUUCCACUUCCCUAGCUGCUUACGUGCUUUAUAAUCCUAGAGACAAGGAUAACUCUCCAGGUUUUCAAGUUACAUAUAAUGUUGAUCCUUCUGAACUUGAUCAAGGAGAAUAUAAACCAUUUCUUUUUCAUUGCAUGAAACAUUGUCUUCAUGUUGAUGUAUGGAAUGGACAAUCAUUAUUAUACUUUGGUACUGUAGCUGUGCCUUUAAAAUACUUAUGUAGGCAAGGAAAAGAAGCUGUUAGUGCCUUUUUAGAGCUCGAUGUUAUUAAUUGUGAAUUUGCUGAUGAAUCUCUUGUUCAUACUGCUCUUCCAGUUAAGACACAUAGAGGAAAACUGUAUGUUCGUUUGGCCAGCAUUCGUCAUCCCCUAACAGCAAAAGCAUUGGAAAAGUUUGAAGAUAAUGAAGUGAGCUCAGAGGCAUUGAUCAUUUGUUCAAGGAAUGAAUCUAAUGUAAAUAUGCCCAGAGUUUCAAGGGCUAAACCAAUUGUAGAAACUAACAGAGAACUAUCAAGACUUCUUGCCUCAAGAUGUGUCCUAAACAAUGAGCAAAAAAUUCAGACUGCUGCUGACUCUGCAGAGCAAAGGAGAAAAGUUGCUCAUAUGGAUGCUGUCCGCAACUUGCUGAAUGGAGAAAAACCUUCAUAUGAAGUUGAUGAGAGCUUGAAAAACUAUUCGAAGGAACGACAAAGAGAUAUCUUGAGUAUUGAAUCAUACAUACAGAAAAAUAAAACAGAAAUGAUCCAAUCCUUACUUCAUUCAUCAAUUACCUCAGAAAAAGCAAUAUAUCCAAUCUUUGGGAGCAAGUUAUUUUUUGAGUUCAUCCUCGAAAACCCAUUUCAAGAAGAAAGGAGAAUUGAAAUCACUUGGAAAUGUUCAGAAUUAAAUCUUGUGACUGAUUUGAAGUUGUGGAAAAAACUUCGUAACAUGCAUAAUCUGUCACAAAAUAUUGACACAUUAUCAUUUAGUUCUGAACCAGAAGUUCCAACAAUACUGCUUCGGCCAAGAGAAAAAGUCAACAUACCAUUUACAUACUACUCUUUAGAAAUACAAUCUAAUUCGUUGGACAUAUUCAAGACGUCAUCUGGUCAUCAUUUUACUGCAGAUCUGCUUUCAGCUGCUCCUAUUUCGAACAAUUUGACGCCUUCAUCUGUCAAGGUGCGUUUCAUGACAGAAGAACAAACAUUGCUAGCAGUUUUAAUUUUAAAGAUCCAGCCUCUUCUACCAUCAGUUACUCAUGUCUUUAAAUUUUUAUCAAUGGAACAUUCUAUGUUUAAGAAAAGUAUCAGAAUUAAUAAUGAAAGCAACAGCAAGUAUAAAUUGAAUGCCAAAUGCUCUGAUUUAGAAGUUGUGUGCUGUAUACAAGAAGUACAAGGUUGGGAAGAAGACGUAAGCGUGCAAAUUAAGGCUCCAACAAGAGCUGCUGGGAAAUGUAAAGAAUUUUAUUUAUUCAUUUACAAAGAUGUUUAUCAAAUUGCACCUCAACAAACAUGGCUGUUGUCAAUUUGUCCACUUCAGAGAAUAGAUCUAUCUUGUAUUGCUGGGCAGCUUAUGCAGUCCUCACUAUUAAUCAGGGGAACCCAUGCUACAAAUCUAGUCAAAUGCUUUUCAAGCUCCAAAGACUUACAACUGCAUCCUUCUGAGCCUUUUGUUUUGUCCCCUUUUGCUGUACAGGAACUCUCCAUGAAUGUCAGAUCUCUUUUGCCUGGGACAAAGUAUUUUCAAAUUACAAUGGUAAACCAAGCCCUUGAGAAAGCUCUACAAUCCUGGCUUCUCGUUCUUUCCUGCCAAAAGCCUUCAGUUUCAAAAGCAUUUCAAGUUCAUCUUUCAGUUGGAAAAGAAGCAACUAAGAGAAUUACGUAUACUAACCCCUAUCACAGAAGUCGAAGUUUCAUUCUGCAUUGUAGUCAUCCUCAGUUGCUCUACUUGAGAGAGUGGGAAUUCACUGUGCCUGCUGGAAAGAGCUAUGUCAUUGGACUGUAUUUUGUACCUCAGCAAUUUGUAUUUUCUGAAACUAUAUUUUUGUAUCUGAAUGAUGUAUCUGAAAAGAAUGAAGAAACCUACUGUAUUAAAGUGAUAUGCCAAUAACAGUCGAUUUUAGCUAUUUCUCCUAUUUCUAUUGGUUAUGAAGUUUGUAAAUUAUUGGAUUACAUUUGUCAGGACUAUUUUUGUUUGUACAUCCAUUUCUAAUCUUAUAAAAAUCUGGAGCAGUGUUUAAAAUUUUUCAAUUUAUUUAUCUUAUUCUUUGAUUUGGGAUUUGAAUUUUAAUGCUUUUUCAGCAUGGGGAGAAAGGUCCCUUGUGCCUCAAUAAAAAUGUAACUGGUCUACAUAAUCUUCUUUUCUGUUUAUCCCUCCCCCCCCUCUCUCUCUCACUCUCUGACUGACAAGGGUACCCACCUGGAUAAACUAGAAAAGUCAGGGUAUUUUUUCAUACUCCUAGAAAACCUGGAAAAGUUUGGGACAUUUUUCUUGCCCCUGAAAACCCUGGAAAAGUCUGGGACAUUUUUCUUGCACCUGAAAACCCUGAAAAAGUCCGGAAAGUUGUUAAUUUCUGAAAAUGUCAGGGAAGUUUUUAAUUUUCGAGGAAAUUAUACAUUUUUUCUUGUUAAAAAGUUUUAUAGAACAUGGCAUUAAUUUUUUUACUGCUGAAUUCUUCUAACAUAUUUCUAUUUCUGGUGAACGAUAUGAAUUGAAGAGUACGUGGAAGAAAGGCGAAACAUCAUGUCUUAGUUCGAGUUGAGUUUAAUAUGGCAAAACCGAGUGUUUGUUGAGUGAAAUUUAGUACUCUAUUUAAACAAGUAAUAAAGAGGAGGAUCAAAGCUCAAAAUCACUCAAAAGUUUACUGUACAAAGAAGAAAGGCCAAAUUUCAAAUUUAAAACAUAAUUUUCUUGAACACCAUCAAGUUUGAGUUUUUCUUCUCUCCCAGUGCUCUUCAAUUGCGUUGUAUAUAUAAAUAAAAGUAUGACAGAAACAGCGUUCUCCCGGGUCAGGGAGACCCUGGAAAGCCUGGAAUUGUCAGGAAAUUUUAUACUAAUAAAAAAGUCAUGUUUUAUCAAAAAUCUGGAAAA